AAAUCUUCCCUUUCUUCCAAUUGAUUGCUCAUAAAUAAGCUUUCUUUGAGGCUCUCUUCUAAAUAUAUUUCUCACUACCCAGUUGGUGGUUUCUUCUCUUUUUAUUCAGAAACUCCAAAUUAAAUAGCAUUCAUAUAAUUUCUUUCUUAAAACCAAAGAAUUACAAUCUUGUAAAUACAAGCUUCAGCUUUCUACCAGAUUUGGUAAAGGCUGGGGUUUGUGCUGGAGCUUACCAGAAAUUGUCUUCUCAUUUUUAUGCAGAACCAUUGAAGUUUGAUCAGCUGCCUCUUGGGGAGUUACCUUUGUAGCAAUUAAGAUUGACCAUUUUCUGAUAAAAAUAUCUCCACACAACUGGUGAUGAGUACAAACUUAUAGUUGCUUCAUUUUUUGAUAUCUUGAAUGGCUGCAUCUUUGUUGCCAGUGGGUAAGGCAGUCCGUUCCCGCCAACCUUCCAGCUUUUAUAUCUUCAAUGUCAAUCUCCAGCAGCCGAAAUCAAUCCCAAAUCUCCUUCCAUACAAGAAAAGAGCUAAACAGAACUAUAAUUUGAACAAGUCAGUGCUCUUAAGCCCAUUAGUUUGUCAAUACCGGUUGAGACCGGUUUCUGCGCUUGACUCAGAUGUUCCAAAUCCUAUUGAUCAGAGAUCAGAAGAUUUGAAGAGCAGCGAGAGCUUUAAGCAAUGGGAUUCAUUGACUGCAAAAUUUGCCGGAGCUGCAAAUAUUCCAUUUCUCAUAUUACAACUGCCUCAGAUAAUACUCAAUGCUCGUAACCUUCUAGCAGGAAAUAAUGCUGCAUUAUUUGCUGUUCCAUGGCUGGGGAUGCUCACUGGAUUGCUUGGUAAUUUGUCUUUGCUAUCAUACUUCAUAAAGAAGAGGGAGACAGAGGUGGUCGUUGUGCAAAUGUUGGGGGUCGUGACCAUUUAUAUUGUGAUAUCACAACUAGCCAUGGCUGGAUCUAUGCCAUUUCCUCAUUAUGCAGUCACUUCUGUUGUUAUUGCAUGUGGUCUUGUUGUGAACUUCAUGAACUACUUCUACUUGCUCAAUCCCGUAAUCUGGCGUUACUGGGAGGAUUUCAUUACUGUUGCUGGGCUAUCUGCACUUCCCCAAGUCAUGUGGUCAACUUUCAUCCCAUAUGUUCCAAAUACCAUCUUGCCUGGUGCUGUAGCUUUUGUUGUGGCUAUCCUAGCUGUCAUUAUGUCACGGACUGGGAAACUUCCAGAGAAGGGCAUCAAAUUUGUAGGAUCAUUGUCUGGAUGGACUGCCACUCUUCUUUUCAUGUGGAUGCCAGUUUCACAAAUGUGGACAAACCUUCUAAGUCCAGAUAAUAUCAAAGGUUUAUCAGCUCUUUCAAUGUUGCUUGCCAUGAUUGGGAAUGGACUCAUGAUUCCACGUGCACUCUUUACUCGGGAUUUGAUGUGGUUCACUGGUUCAACUUGGGCAUGUGUUUUUUAUGGAUGGGGAAACCUCGUCUGCUUAUACCUCUGCAAAGUUAUAAGCAGGGAAUUUUUCUUGGCUUCAACGGUUAGCUUUGUAGCAUGGCUAGUAUUCAGCUUCUGGAGAGACACACAAGUAUAUGGUUACAGUUCUCCAUUGAAAUCAUUGAAGGAAUUGAUUUCUGGUUCAUAACUGAUCCUUGCCCUACCUUGUUGGUUUUGGCUGUAAGUUUGAAAUGCAAAAUUGCUCAAGCUUGGCAUUUCUGCUAAAUCAAGUGGUCAUAAUUGACAAGAAAUCACUCCAUGUUAAUCCUCUUCUUUAGAAAUUUUGGUGAAAGUGCUUCUGGCAAAUGUUUUGGGGCAUCAGGCAAGGGCUAGAUCUUGUAAUGUCUAAUUGUUCUGCAUAUGGUAGUGAGGAAGGUUCUUGUGGGUUUUUACAUGUAAUGUCAACUAAUAAUAAAGCUACGAAUGCAAGGUAGAGCAAGUAUAUUUGUUGUAUUUCAUUUAUAGACCAUCUUAAUGAAUGCCAUGCAAUUUUUGCAGAAA